AUGGGCGCGAGGUUCGAGCAGCGGGCGCGGGACGACGAAGCCUGCUGCAGAUACUACUGCGACUUGUUGUGCCCGGCUGCCCUGCCGAUCCUCCUCCUGCUGCCCUUCUUUUUUGGCAUAUAUUGGCUCGCGACGGAGCCGCCGCCGCCGUGGUACUCCGUCGCGGUCGGCGCCGUCUCGGGCAUCGACCCGGCCACGGACCUGCAGGGCCAGGGUGCGCUCGACCCGGCGUUCAACCUCACCGUCCGCAUCGACGCCUCGCUGAGCGGCCAAGGCGGCGCGCCGUACUGCCUUGACAAGGGCACUUCCGUGCAGGUGUCGUAUCUCCGCGUGCCGCUGGCCAGCGGGCAUGCGCCGGAGCCGGGCGAGGGGGCAUGCGCGGCGGCGGGGCAGCGAAAAGACCUGCACGUCGUGGCACGCGGGAGGGGCGUGGCCGUACCGGGGUUCCUGCUGGACAGCCUUGCCGAGGACGUGCGGCGCGGGGUGGCCGUGUUCGAGGUCACGCUCAUGAGCCCGCGCGUCGAUCAGGGCGACUGGAAGGUGUUGACGUGCUGGGGGAAGUCCGGCGACGACGCCUCCCUUCAGGUCCCGUGCGUAAAGUCCUAA